CCCCAGCAGCGCCAUGUUGGGACAGAGCAUUCGGAGGUUCACGACUUUGGUGGUCCGUCGGAGCCACUGUGAGGAGGGCCCCGGGAAGAAUUUGCCAUUUUCAGUGGAAAACAAGUGGCGCUUACUGGUUAUGAUGACCUUAUUCUUUGGAUCAGGUUUUGCUGCACCUUUCUUUAUAGUAAGACACCAACUGCUUAAGAAAUAGGGAUGUUGUGAUUCAUAUGUUUAACAGAUAUGAAGAA